AAACCAACGUAGUCUGCUCUGCUGUAAUUUCACUCGUUUGAUUAUGUCGUGGAUGCCCUCCUACAUUGCAGUGUUGCUGCUAGGCCUAGCGGACAGCUCUACUGCACUCGAUGGAUCGCGUACCCAGCCGGUCAUCUCGAGCCUAGAUGGAUCGUUGACGCACGACAGCGUCGCAGAAAAUAUUGUACGAAUGGUUACAAGUUUGACAAGCGUCUCCAUCAGCAAAAUCGACUCGAGAAGCGGUUCUGAGCACACACAGCUGGCAUCUGACUUUGAUCAACACGCAAGAACAAAGCGUUUCAGCGAAUACAGCCCGUAUUCGAGCAACCCCUAUGACCUCGGACCCAUCAAUCAAUGCAGCUACCCUCAACUGGAUGUGUGCAAUUUCGAGAGCGGCUACGUUGUUCCUGAGUACGUAGCUCGGAGUCUUCAACAACAAAACAGUUUACUCAACAAUCUUCAUCAACAGCUUUCUUCAGUUCUGUCGUCCAGUUGCGUUAGUUCUUGGAUGAACUUUCUGUGUAAAGCCACCAUUGGCCCGCGAUGCAUUUCAAACACAACAGUUCGUUAUCAGAUCAACAACUACGACAUUUGUCGUCAGGUAUUUUCGUCAUGUCCACUUAGCUCAAAUUUGAGCAGCAGUUACUGUCAAGAACUUACGCAAACAAUGAUAUACCCGUUAGGCACAUUAUCUCUAGUCAACUGCCGACUUAUCGACGUCGACGGGUGCAGGAAUACCCGUCCGUCACCGGACUGGCUCGCUGCCCUAUUCGAACGUCGCGCACAGUCAACUUCUCUUGACAACGAAGUAAGAGCACUAAACCUCUCGGACAGUUGCCAAGAAAAGUACGUCAGACUAGCUUGCACUUUGCCUACAUGCAAUUCUAGUGGACGUCUACAAGGUUACCGAAGCUCAACUCAAUGCAACGACGUCGCAAACUGCAUCAAAGACAACGAGGCGCGAAAUAUUUUCUCUGCUGUUAAUCUAUGUCACAGUUUGGGGACGCUAAAGCAGCCGAGUGGUUGUGCUGGAGAAACCGAAUCGUGCAAGUCGGGCACUGCUAGCACUACGUACUACGUUGGAAUAUCCAUUGCAUGGUCGGUGUUGGCGCUCAUUAAGAACUGCUUGCCGUUGUACUAAGUCCGACAAAGAGAUGUUCAACAUGUGUGGGUGUGGCUGGCUAUCAAGCUCAUUUGCUGCUUAUCAUCGAUCUUUAGACGCGAAAGAUGCGUGUAGACUCAAUUAUUGCCUAAUCUCUUGCUGCUUCCUUUUCUUUGCGUAACCUUUAAUUGUUUGCUGCAUCUGUUUGCAAGUUGUUGGCGCUUUAAAUUGUCACGAAUAGACGUGAGCAUUCAA